AACUAUACCGUCUGUAUAUAGUAAAAAGUCAACGAGGUACCAACAGGUGAUUCAUAACUCGAUAUAGUCCUCAAUCGCUUAAAACUUUCAAAAUGUUGGACGACAUUAUCGCUACUUUCUUAUCUCUUUUUUUCGCCGUAACUGUGGACGCUCCGAGAAUAUCUCGUGAGAUAAACAACAAUUUCAGAGAUCAAGAUGAGCCCUUUAAUGCGAAUGAUACGAGCCAGGGCGAAUAUCCCUCGUUGGUGCAGGAGGACUUUCCUUCGAGCAGCGAAUAUGUUUCACUUUCUGGUGUAAUGGAAAACGAGCGAAGCUUCGGUGAAUCGCUUUGUAAAAGUCUCAAGGCAACGCUAACCAUCAUCUUAGCUGUAAUUCCUUUGGUUAUUUUGGGAGUGAUUCUCGUUUAUUUUGAUCUGAGAACAACCGAUUUGUGUUUUCAACUACUAACAAAGUCAAACGAUACCCUCUCCUUCGAUGUCCUGAGAAUUCGUUUAAUCGGUGAUGGAAUUGAAAUUGUGAUCCUCAACUUGUGGUUUCCAGUGGUUCUAGUAAUUCUAUUUGGUUGGAGGAAGUUUAAAAGUCAAUAUUCUCUUACCGUAUUCAUAGCGCUAUUGGCCGCUCUACUUUAUACAUUGUAUUUGAGCUUUUUACUUCUAUAUCAUUUUUAUGACAGAAGCCUAUGGUAUCGUGUACCAGGCAACGUAAUAUUUGUAACCGCCAUUUUAGUGGAAAGCGCUAUUGUUGUUCGCAAAAUAAGACAACGUGACCCUGGCAUAUCCUACUCAAAUUGUCAGAUAUUCACAGUAAUCUCCUGCCCAUGGUUACUAUUUUAUGUGAUAGCUUUGCUUUACAGAUACGCGCUUGUCCGCUGGUUCAUUACCUUUGAAAGCGCUUUUUCCAGGUUCAUUGUGGCGAUCAUGACGCCAGCGUUGUCACUCUUACUCUCAGUCAUUUGCAGGCACAUGGCAUUGUGGCGUAGCUCACAAAUUAUCAGCCCUGAACGAAGCUUUGGCCUUGUUUAUUUCAUCCAUACUGCUGGGGUAAUACUCUAUCGACUAUUACAGGCAGAUUUUAAAAAUAUUUGGUGGUUUAUUGGACUAUCCAUUGUCUCUGGUACCUCUGGGGUCCUCAAAGCCGCGACUGUUGGCAUCAGGGAGAAAAUAUGGUCAAGAAUUAUCCCGUUUUGGAACAAAAUAUGUUGCAUUAGACUGCGGCAUCUACCUGGAAACACGCCUCGUCAUAGGCGACUGAAAGCUGACAUGAAUAUUCAAAAUAUACUGUUUGAUAGCAAUUCAUUAAUUCUAAUCCAGGCUUAUAUCGUGCUCUAUCAAAUCACAAGUUUUGAAAUGUCUGCUUGGACUGUCCUAAAAUCAUCCCUAAUAAGAAUUGCGAUCGGCAUUAGCAUUGAAAUUGUGUGUAAUUUCAUAUCCACCUUUAUCCACAUCCAUUGGCGUAAUAUACCCAUUGCGCGUGCGUGGUCGAAGGCCUGGAAACGACACAUGUUUGCUAAUAGUGUCAUUAUAGUGUGUUUGGUGACGUAUUUCACCAAACCUUUGCUCGUAGUAUUUCAACACCGUUUCCAUGAUAACCCUGCCUUUGGUUCAGGGGUUUACACCAUAAGGAAUUGUACUCUGUCAUUUUAAAACUGGGAUCGAUUGCGUAGGUCGUUCACUGCUAAACCAAACAGUGUUUAAUGGUUUUCCAAGUGAAGUUCUAGCACACUAAAAACUGUAGUAUAAUCUUGAACCUCUAGAGAAUAUUUAUAAGCGGCAACGAUUGUUAUUCGUGACAAACGUGGGCUAAUAUACGUGAUAAUUAGUAUUGUAGCAGAUGAAUUCAUCUCUAAUAAUUAUGUGUUUCGCAAAUGUAGUUUCGUAAAUCCAGUUUCAUCCUAAAG